UAUAAACAUGUGAUUAUAUUUUUUAUAGUAACUGGAUGUAAUGAAAAAACAAUAUCAUAUCAUAAAAUAAAAUAACUUCAGUCAACUACAUUUUUAAAUACUCUACCUUCGUUUAAAAAGUUUGUCAAAUCGGCAAUUUCAAGAAAAUAUUACAAAUGGAAAACGAACAUAGAUCUUUGACAGAAAUUUCUACAGACAGUUCAAGCAACACAGAUAGCGUUCAGAAUGUUGAUAAUCAAUGCAAAGAAUUAUCAGACGAGGAACACAGGAAAAAAGAUCAAACAGAUGUUGACUUAACGUUGGAUUUAGGAAGCAUGUUGCCGAAUUAUGAUCAUAUUUCUGAGAAUGAAAAUGACGAUUCGUUAGAAAAGCUCUCAGCUGUUCUCGAACAACCGGAAGAUUCAAUGAUUUUAGACGGUGUACAGUUGGUCGAAGAUGAACAAGAUGAUAAAGAUUUAAACUACAUUCUUCGGGAACGCAUAGAGUCACUCAAUGAAGUAAUGAGGAAUUUAAAGGAAGAACUGAGGAAAGAAAUAGAACUUUGGAGAAAAGAAAGAGAAGAAUUGCAACUUUUACGCGAGAAAGAUGAUGCAUUGGCAUUAGAGGAAGCAACCGCCGCUGCACGCGCAGCUGCGGCAGCUUAUGCUGCCGAAUCGCCAUUAUCCAACAAUUUGGGUGAUAUUUUAGACAUCACUUCGGAGGAUGUGUUCACAGAAUUGACAAUCCUCGAAUAUGAGAAACGUUUGGCUAAGUAUCAAGACGAAUAUUCGUUAAGCCAGGCAGAGAAACGUUAUAAUACACGAUGGAAAAUGAUGGCGAAUGCGUACAAACAGAAACUGAUGGAAGUGGAGCGACUUUGUAAUGAGGAAUUGGAGAAAGUUCAAAAAAACGUAGAUCAUUUGCAACCACUGAAAGAGAUGGUAUCGCAAUGGUAUCUCGAUGAAGAAAACCAUGGCGAUUCCAUCAAAAGAACCGAUUUUGUUGCGAAUGUGCAGAAGCUCGAUACAUUCAACGAAAAUGAUACGCGUAACCGUUACAAGUUUCAAAAGAUCGACGCAGAAGUCAAUAUGGCGCCAGAAAUAUUCGUUGCUCGAUUCAAAUCCGACGAUCUGACAAAGACAGAUAAACUUUGCGGAUAAAUUCCUCUUUACGCGAUAACUUUCAAUAAUAAGUAAAAUUCAAUAAAUGAUUUCAAUAAUAUUUUUCAAUUUUCGCUAAAUUACAAUUUUAG